AAUUUUCAUUCCUUGUCGCUAGCUAGCUCUCUCUUCCUUCUCCAAAGUUGAGGAGAGAACACAAAGCUGAGAAUAUAAUUUUUUUUGUUUAUUAAAAAAAAAAAAAAAAAGGACGGACGACAUUGGAAAAAGUACUACUAAUGUACAUAAAAACCAAAAGAAAAGGCGUAAAAAUCUAUGGUUAGAGAGGUGUGCAGUGCUUAUGCCUCAAAUUGUGGUUUGUUGUGGGUAGGCAAAGGAAGGAUGAUGACGGAGGUGCACGAUGCCGGCCGGCCACCAGUGCAGCGACAAGCACCCAUUACGUCUGCAUGUUCUUCAUCAUCAAGAUACUCAUCAUGCUUUCAUCAUCAUGCCCGUCACUUGAUCAUUUUCCUCCUUCUUGUGUCCGUAUCGGCUCAACCUGGAGAUUUGGACGAUGAAGACGAUAAAACAGAUCAUCUUCCCGAUGCAAAGAGCUCUUCGGAGGCCCUCUUUAACUUUAAAAGCUCGCUUUCUACAUCUUCACCUACGGGACAGGCGGUACUCGGGUCUUGGGCUCCAUCCACAAGCCCCUGUACAGGGAGCAAUGAGAAUUGGCAAGGCGUGAUUUGCUUUGAAGGGGACGUAUGGGGCUUGAAACUCGAGAACUUGGACCUGUCUGGGGCAAUUGAUAUAGAUUCCCUGCUCCCCUUGCAUUUCCUCCGCACCCUUAGCUUUAUGAACAACAGCUUCAAGGGGGCAAUGCCUGAUUGGAAUAAACUUGGUGCCCUCAAGUCAUUGUACUUGUCCAAUAAUAGCUUCUCCGGUCAGAUCCCCGAUGAUGCCUUCAAGGGUAUGUCUUAUCUCAAGAAACUUUAUUUAUCCGACAACCAAUUCACAGGCAACAUUCCCACCUCCCUCGCUACCUCCUGCCCUAGGCUCUUCGAGUUGAGGCUCGAAAACAACAAAUUCAGCGGCUCUAUACCUGAUUUCCCCAGGGACGUUCUCAAACUCCUCAACGUAUCCAACAACCAACUCAAGGGUCCAAUCCCUCCUUCUCUUUCUUUAAUGGAUCCAACAACAUUCGCAGGGAACAAAGGCAUGUGUGGGAAGCCUUUGGAAUCAAUUUGCAACUCCCCAAGUCCAGAAGCAAAUAGUACUCCUAACAGUCUCAACUCUACGAUCAGCGGCCAAUCUGGUGAUAAUAUUAAUAAGAAGUCGCCCUCUGUCCUGAGUAGAGUGAUGUUGAUCGUUGCAGUUUGUUUGGUGGUCUUAUGUCUCGUGAUUGUGCUAAUUCUUAUUAUUCGCCGCCGCAACCAUAGCAGCGGCCAAGAUAAUUCACAACUCACCAGCCGGGCUGUUGUGUCAAAUAAUAUUGAUGGGGAUCAAAACACUUUAUCAUCAGCUCCUGAUGUGAUAAUGAGCGGCAAUCCAACUUAUCCAAGACACGAUAAUAAUAAUAAUAAUAAUAAUAAUAACAUUAAGACAGCAGAGGCACCAGCAGCAGCAACAUCGGUAGUGGGUAAGUUGUCCUUCGUUAGAGAUGACAGGCCACGAUUUGAUCUACAGGACUUGCUAAGAGCAUCAGCGGAGGUGCUUGGCAGUGGGAACUUGGGGUCCUCUUACAAGGCACUACUUAUGGAUGGCCAAGCCGUGGUGGUGAAGAGGUUUAAGCAAAUGAACCAUGUCGUUAAAGAAGACUUCCACGAGCACAUGAGGAGGCUAGGCAGACUAAGCCACCCCAACCUACUCCCCCUUGUGGCCUAUUAUUAUAGGAAAGAAGAGAAGCUGCUUGUUUAUGACUACGCCUCCAAUGGUAGCUUGGCCAGUCACCUUCAUGGCAAUCAUUCUAGGCUGGAGUGGUCAAGCCGCUUGAAAAUCAUAAAAGGAGUUGCCAAGGCCUUGGCCUACCUUCACAAUGAGCUGCCAAGCCUAGCACUUCCACAUGGUCACCUCAAGUCAUCAAACGUUCUUCUGGACAAAUAUUCUAAUCCCUUGCUGAUGGAUUACACAUUGGUGCCUCUGGUGAAUCUUUCGCAAGUACAACAUCUUCUUGUGGCUUACAAAGCCCCCGAGUAUGCACAACAAGGCCGCAUCACCAGGAAGACUGAUGUUUGGAGCCUUGGGAUUCUAAUACUAGAGACCCUCACGGGUAAACUCCCAACAAACUACCUCGCUCUCAGCACUGGCUACGGCACCGAAUUGGCUACCUGGGUCGACACCAUCAUUAAAGAUAAUGAAUCGGCUUUUGACAAAGAGAUGGACGUCACUACAAAGGAUAGUCGAGGACAGAUUCGAAAGCUCUUCAACAUUGGAGUGGCUUGUUGUCAAGAAGAUUUGGAUACAAGGUGGGAUCUCAAGGAAGCUGUUGAAAGUAUACAAGCCUUAAAUGACAAGGACGACUCCAACGAUCAAAUUGAUGUUGGAGUUUGACAUCCAUCGUCCAACUAUAUAUACUCAACCCAUUAAUUCCCUCUAUAUAUGGAUCCUAGUAGUGCAUUACAUAUCAUGUUUGUACACAUUUUCAUUGUAUACUUCAUUAAAUUACUGAAGGCGUAAAUAGACCUGCGAAUCGAUGUCUUUCAGUCCAUAAUUCGACGCUACAUUUUGGAAGUGUGCGUGUUAUAUAUAUGUAAAUCUAGAACUUUGUUUAGCUCUAAAAUGUUCUGGUUCGCAUAUAUGGGUUAUGGGGUCAAUUGGUUUGAAAUAUCAAGGAUAAGAAU